AUGCGUGCAAGUCUCAUUGAUAUUCAUCGAAAUGCAACAUGGUCAAAGAAUGGUAUCACUGUUGCUGGAGGAAAUGGACAAGGCAGUAAAACCAAUCAACUCUCUCUCCCAUGGGGUUUGUACGUCGACGAUGAACAAACGAUUUAUGUCGUUGAUUGCUGGAAUAACCGUAUUGUGGAAUGGAAAUCUGGUGCAACGAAUGGAAAAGUAGUUGCUGGUGGAAAUGGACAUGGGAAUGGUGCUCAUCAAUUAAAUAGCCCAGGAGAUGUGAUUAUCGACAAAAAGAGCGAUAGUCUCAUCAUCAGCGAUGAACGGAAUAGAAGAGUAGUUGGAUGGUCUCGUCGAAAUGGUACUCGUAGAGAAACAAUUAUUUCAAAUAUCGAUUGCAUCGGUUUGACAAUGGACGAGAAUGGAUUUCUCUAUGUCGUUGACAAUGAAAAACAUGAAGUGAGACGAUAUAAAAUUGGUGAUACUAAAGGAACAGUGGUUGCAGGUGGCAAUGGAAAAGGAAAUCGUCUCGAUCAACUCUCUGAUCCCACCUACGUAUUUGUCGAUCUAGAUCAUUCAGUUUAUGUGUCUGAUAAUGAAAAUCAUCGUGUGAUGAAAUGGGAAGAAGGUGCAACACAAGGCAUUAUCGUCGCCGGUGGCCAUGGAGAAGGAAAUAGUCUUACACAAUUGAAUGAGCCUGAAGGAGUCGUUGUCGAUCAAUUGGGUACUGUCUAUGUGGCUGAUUGUUGGAAUCAUCGAAUCAUGCGUUGGCCAAAAGGAGCCACACAAGGAAGUGUCAUUAUUAGUGGAAACGGUGAAGGAUCACAGUCUAAUCAAGUCCCUUAUCCCACAGGUUUAUCAUUCGAUCGACAUGGUAAUCUCUAUGUCGUCGAUUGCGAAAAUCAGCGAGUACAAAAAUUUAAUAUCGAAUAA